AAUAUUUGACAUUUGUUAUCAUAUUGUCAAAAUAGGAAACAAAAAUACUGUCACGUCAUAUUUUUUUCGAUAUAAAUGAAUUAAAAACAAUAUAUAAUGGAGUUAAAAACAUUUGCAGAAGAUGACUUUGAUCCAAAAAAGUGGAUUAAUAAUGCUUGGAGUUCUAGUGGGAAUCAAGAAAAGGAGGUAUUUGUGGCUAACACUGUGUCAAGACUGCAACUUUACAUGAAACAAUUGACUAAUUCACUGGAUGAGACCACCACACAGAUAGCAACAUCACUCCCUCGCAUAGUGCAAGAUGUGUCAGCUCUUCAGCUGGAAGGGGAGUUGUUGCAGCAGAAGAUGCUCUCACUGGAGCAGAAGUUUCAGAGUGUUGAGGAGCAGACGGGACACUCCAUCGAGAGCCUGCAGAAGAUUGACCAGCUCAAGAGCAGACUAGAGAAUGCAGCAUCAGCCCUCCGCGAGGCGGAUAAGUGGGCGGCUCUGGCGACCUCCUUGGAGGAUAUCCUGGAGACCGGAGUGCCCACAGAGAGUGAUAAGCUCUCUGAGUUGGCCAAACAAGUCACCGCUAUGACUGCUAGUUUAGAGGUGUUGAGUGACGCGCCGGACUAUGAGAGCAAGCGAUUACAGCUGGAAACUUUGUACAACAGACUGGAGGCGCUGAUCAGCCCGCCGCUCAUAGAUGCGCUCACACAGAUGGAUGCUGAGCGCACGCGUCCGUACGUGUGCGUGUUCGGCGGCAUGUGGCGCGGCGCGGCCGUGGCGCGGUGCUGGCGGCGCGCGGCGGCGGCGCGGCUGGCGGCGGCGUGGCGGCGCCAGCACCAGCACCACCUGCACGCGCUCACCGCGCUGCUCGCCGGCGAGGCCGAGAACCAGGUGGAGUGGCUGGUGGUGCUGAAGUCGGAGACGCCGCUGGCGGAACUGGUGCGGCUCUACACUGACCUGCUGCUCUCUCUCGACCCGGCGCCCACCAAGGUUGUGUCAGCGAGCCUGAAGCUCUGCUCCAGUGCUGAGGAGGGCGUGGUGAUGCUCACCGACCUGAAGAGAGACAUCGAGGAGUUUGUCGUCAGCAUCAAGAGAGUGUUAGACGCGCCCCGGCAGAACAAAGAGGUGGUCCCCCCAGCAACAAUACGGGAACUUGGGAGGGCGGCGUACGCCCCCCUACGGGAACUGCUGUCGAAAUACACCGAGAUGCAGACGCAGCUGCUCCUCAACAACUUGAAGGACCCGCAACUUGAUCAAGAGGAUCUUCUAGAACGUUCCAGAGCUCUGCUGUCUGUGUCUGAACGAUGCGAGGGUUGGCUCACCACGGCAUAUAAUGGAGCCAAGAAGAUCGCCGGAAAUGCCGUGUAUCCAUAUUACAUUCCAGCUGUAGAGGUGUUCAUAACAGCGCUAUCCUCCCACAUAUCCUCGCACAGCCGCCGCAUAGAGACAGUGUUCUUAUCUUCAGUAACAGCUGGACAGAUCACCGGCGUGCUUUCCACCACUUUCCCGGCGUCCCUGGUGCUGGAGACGGCCACCGCGGUGCUGCUGGAUGCGCUUGCGCAGCGUCAGAAGGCGGAAAGGGAAGAGGAAGAGGUGAAGGACCCAAGCCCUCUCUUCGACCUGCCAACCCUGCUACUAGACUCAGAAGGCCGGCAGCAGUUGUUGACUCUGAGGAGCGAGGCGCUGCCGUCUGUGGCGGGGCUGCGCAGGGCCAAGGAGCAGCUGAAGACCCUCGCCAGGGCCAUACUGAGGAACCCUGUGGACGUGCAGUUAGACAAAAUCCCCCAACUGAGCGUGUGGUGCAACAACGACGCUCUAUCCACCGACCUGCCGGACUUCGCCCUUUCUCCGCAGGAGUACAUCACAGAGAUCGGCCAGUACCUGAUGACGUUGCCGCAGCAUUUGGAGAUGCAUCUCUCGGAGAAGCAGGCGCCGUGGCAGUUUCUCUCUGAUGUGUGCACGCAUACUUGCGAGAUAUACGCUGAGAAAAUCUUAAACAUACGGAACAUGGACGCGCUCGGCACCAAGAGAUGCUUGACGGAUAUCGCGUACCUGUCAAGUGUGGUGGAAGACCUCGGCACCAGUGUGACGCCGGCUCUCAAGUCCUUGGAGAAGUCACUGCGAGCUGCGACGCCCAGUCAAACUACUGAAUAAAAUAUUGAUCGAGUGGGGUGGGUAGGGAAGCAAGAUUGGAAUGGGUUUUGACUAUUGACAUUCUAAAGAUAUUUAUUUAUCGAAUAAAUAAGAGUAUAAUGUGUUUCAAGACUAUUGUUGAAAUAAAAUGAAAUUAAAUGAUUUGGAAUGAAAUAAUGAAGUGAAAUUAAAUAAUGAACUGAAUUAAUUUAUUUGAAUUAGUAAGAUUUUAUUAUUUAUAUUCCGUCAAUAUUAACUCUACCACCAGUUCGGAGAGCAGUUCUCACCAGAGAAGAACGGGCAAGAAACUCUACUGUUGCUCUUUUCAAAAUCAGUUUAAGGUAUACACUACAAAAUAUGAUAUAGAAACGAAAAAAUCAGUUUUUUUUAUUCCUUCAGCACUUAAUAAUAUUCCCAAAAUAGUUCUUUAACUUUGGGUAUUAUGAUGAACUACAUUAAAAAUAUUUGCACACACUUUCUUAUAUUAAUCUAUUAGGUAGAAUGAACUUUAAAUUUAUUAAUUGAUUAUUGUUAUCCCUAUUCACCCCAGUUGAUGAUACUGUAUACAGUUUUUAUAUCCCCUAAUUAUAUAAUGUGUAAAUUAUGUUUUAUGAUGUAAAGUAUGGAGAAUAAAUGAAUUGUUCUAUUU